GCAGGAGGACGCAGGAGGACGCGUGACGUGACGUGACGUGACGUGACGUGACGUGACGAUACAAACCAUCCUUGUCGGACAUUCUUUGUCAUUUGGCAUCUUUUCCGGGGGGGAGGAUGGAGGUGUGGAGGUUUUCUGUCACGCUGUCUCCUCUUCCUCUUCCUCCUCCUCCUCCUCCUCCAUCACAUAUGCUGCUGAUGCUGAUGCUGAGCUCGCCGUUUGCAUAGGAGCUCUUUUGCUUGUCGUCCUCCUCCUCCUCCAACAACAACAACAACUGGACGUCUCCUCCACCUUCCUUCACGUCCACCUGCCACAUUGUCCCAGACUUUGCAGCCAGCCAGCUGGCAGCCAAUCAGGAGCCUCCAUGUGACAAUUCCUCUUAUCUCGGAAGGAAGUUGAUGGAGAGCCUUUCGAAUGACAGCCGGCACCGUGGUCAUCACUGGUGGAAUCCUCGCUACUGUCAUAUUGCUGCUGAUCAUCGCAGUACUUUGUUACUGCAGGCUGCAGUAUUACUGCUGUAAGAAGGAAGAGUCCGAGUCGGAGGAGGAGGAGCCGGACUUCGCCGUCACGUCCCGCCUGCCGCCGGUCCACUCCAACCACAACAUUGUGGCGGCCACGGCCGCCGCCUCCUCCAUCCCCAAUGGCCCCGCCCUCUUCCCCACCCCGCCGCUGGCCAGGAAGCUGACGCGCUCGCAGACCUUCUGCCCGUCGUGCACUCACUACGAGCUGCCGUUCUACCUGCAGCCCCCGCCGGCACCGCAGCUCCACCAGGCCGAGUCGGGCUUGAGGAACGGCGGCGAGCGGCUGAGCUACCGCGGCGCGCAGCAACCCCCCGCGCCACUCCGGCAGCCGGACAUGGCGCUGCCCGUGCCCGUCAACGUCUCCGACUACCGCAAGCCCCACCUGGCGCGCUCCGUCACCAUGAGGGACAUGUUCGUCCGCAGCUGCAGCAUCAGCACCGACGUGUGAUGUCCUCUCUUCUCCUGGACCAGGUGGCGGUCACGUGGGAUGUCCUCUCUUCUCCUGGACCAGGUGGCCGGUCACGUGGGAUGUCCUCUCUUCUCCUGGACCAGGCGGCGGUCACGUGGGAUGUCCUCUCUUCUCCUGGACCAGGUGCCGGUCACGUGGGAUGUCCUCUCUUCUCCUGGACCAGGUGGCCGGUCACGUGGGAUGUCCUCUCUUCUCCUGGACCAGGUGGCGGUCACGUGGGAUGUCCUCUCUUCUCCUGGACCAGGUGGCCGGUCACGUGGGAUGUCCUCUCUUCUCCUGGACCAGGUGGCGGUCACGUGGGGGUACGGAGGACAAGAGCGUGGCGCGGGAGCUGUGUCCGACUAGAUGGAAGAUAUUUCACUUUGGCUCCCACGUCAAAAUCACACCAAGGGCUCACAGAAGAUUCUGAUUUCUUUCACCAAAAACAUUUCCCGAUGGACGUCCUCCAGACAAAGUCCCAGAAUUGAUCCGUCAAAAAGUUGCCAGAAAAUGCUGCAUACUUUUUUCCAACAUACAGUAAAUGGCGGGGCCACGCCCCCUCAAUACCAGAGGAAGGGUUCUUUUCGCUACUCUCCACCCCAAAAAUAAACAUCAGUUAGUCAACAUUUUCAAUUCAGGUUUUCCGCCAUUGACUUGUGAAAGUGUCUUCUUGCUGCAAAAUGUUGAGUAAGUUGACACCCCCCCUUGCACUCCGUCCCUGCAGAUAGCGCCAUCAAACCACUUUAUUUUUAAGAUGCCAUGAAGAAAAGAGAAACAAAUCUGUGAAUAUGGGGGCCAUUUUGAUAGUUUUCAUUUUCAUAACCAAUACAAUAUAACAAUGUUUUUAACCUCAAGGUCAGGUUUGGUCCCAGGGGCCUGGAAGGGUCUCAGUCAUGAAAAUGCCAUAUAUAUAUAUUGUUUCUAUUUUUUUCAUUCAACAAGGUUUUUAUCUUUUAAGUUUUUUUGCCCUUUUUUGUCAAAACUGUGGUUUUAUGGCAAAAACAUCAAUAUGCAAGUGGAAUAUUUGAUGUGAAGUCAUUAAA